CAAAGACUGAAAACCCAAAGAGUUAAAAGCCAAGAAAAGGGCCAAACAGCCCUUUCAGACUUGGUGUCUAUCUUCUGUCUAUGUUUAAUUCCUUCUUUCUUCAGCACCAAGAAACACAAAUCAAUUACAUCUAUAUCUAUCUCUCCCCAUAGAUCUGCUUUGACAAUUUUUUUCCUUUUAUUUCAGACAAAAAAAACCAACAUGUCUCAAUAAUCAAAUGAUGGGUACACAAAGGGCUGUCAAGGUAUCAAUGUCCACAUCCAAGAUUAAUGGUGUCUGGAGUCUGUAAGGUGAGCUUGUAUUUUGGAAAUUGUGAUGUGUGUUUGGACACUGAGGUCAAAUUAGGGGUCAAAACUAGGGUUGGGUAUUUGUUUAAACAUUGAUUUGGUUGCCGGAUUGCUUAGGUGAUAAUAUGUGAGGAGUGAUGGUGACAACUACAUUAAAGAGAUUUAUAUACCCCUGUUGGAGGCCUUCCCCGCCGAAUGAAGGCAAAUAUAGCAGUAAAGCGGGGGACGCAUUUGGUCGGGUUGAUGGGUUGUGGUGGUACAAAGAUUCAGGACACCAUGUUAAUGGGGAAUUUUCCAUGGCUGUAAUACAAGCUAACAAUAUAUUGGAAGAUCAAAGCCAAAUUGAGUCAGGGCCAAUGAGCUCGGUUGAGUCGGGUCCUCUAGGGACAUUUGUCGGAAUUUAUGAUGGCCAUGGAGGUGCAGAAGCUGCUCAUUUCAUUAAUAAUCAUCUUUUCAACAAUAUCAAGACUAUUCAUGAUGCAGAAUUGACAUCGGAGAAUCAGGGAAUGUCAGAGAUGGUUAUAAACAGAGCAUUUUUGGCAACAGAAGAGGAAUUCCUUUCUGUUGUAAAGAAGCAGUGGCAGAGUAAGCCACAAAUAGCCUCCGCGGGGUCGUGUUGUUUGGUGGGUAUAAUUUGUAGUGGAACUCUAUACAUUGCAAAUGCAGGAGAUUCUCGCGUGGUGUUAGGAAGACUUGAAAAGGCAUUCAAAGAGAUCAAAGCUGUUCAAUUAUCAUCUGAGCACAAUGCAAAUUCGGAAUCUGUGAGAGAAGAGUUGCACUCAUUGCAUCCGGAUGACCCACAGAUUGUAGUCUUGAAGCACAAGGUUUGGCGUGUAAAGGGAAUUAUACAGGUUUCAAGAUCCAUUGGUGAUGCCUAUUUGAAGAAGUCCGAGUUCAACAGAGAACCUCUACUGCCAAAGUUUAGACUGCCCGAACCCUUUGAUAAGCCAAUCCUAAAAGCUGAACCAUCGAUACUAGUACAGAAGCUCCACCCCGAAGAUCAAUUUCUUAUAUUUGCAUCGGAUGGAUUGUGGGAACAUCUUAGCAAUCAAGAGGCAGUUGACAUUGUCCACCAGUGCCCACGUAAUGGUAUUGCAAGGAGACUCGUCAAAGCAGCACUAAGGGAAGCAGCAAAGAAAAGGGAAAUGAGGUACUCAGACCUGAAAAAGAUUGGGCAAGGGGUGAGAAGACAUUUUCAUGAUGAUAUCACCGUCAUAGUUUUGUUUCUAGACUGCCAUCUGAUUAGUCGCAGUUCAUUCCGGGAGCCUUCGUUUUCAAUCAGAGGAAGUGGGGGCGUCUCUGCUGAAGCCAAUACUUAGUUUAAGAGGAUGGGAGAAGGGAAUUAGUAGGACUAAUGGAAGAAUGAGAUCCAAUUUCAAUCAAUCAGAACAAGUGAAUUAUUACAGAUGCCUAUUCUAGUGUGAAGAAUGAAAGUGGAACACUUGAACAUCAGUGGAAUAUUUCACUUUCAGCCUCCACAACUUGUUUUCAGCUUGUGGAUAAAGCAGCUUGUGCCUGUAUUUUGUACUAUCAUUUACAAUUUCUGAAAUUCUUUGAAAUAGGACAUUUCUUUCUUUUC